GUACGUGCCUAGUAAAUGGGGUUUCUUGGUAACGAUGAUAAAUGAACCUAAACAAUUUAUAGAUUGUUGGAAUUAACCAGAACUUCUCUAAAAGAUAUGGAAGAAACUGGAUGAAACAUCACAGCCGUUACCUGGAUAUGUGUGUGAAACACUUUAACUAAAUGAAGUAAAUUUCUGGAUAAAGAGCUGGAGAUGAAGACAUAUCGAAGGCAUUGUUUUACUAAGGAAUACGGGGUACUUUGCAUUCAGGAGUACAGAAAGAACAGCAAAGUGGAGUCAAGUACAUGUAACAGCUUCAUGGGCUUAAAGGACCACCUGGGGCAUGACCUCGGCCACCUUUACGUGGAGAGCACCGACCCACAACUAAGUGCAGCUGCUCCUUGGCCAAUGGUAGAAAAAUCAGCAAUGGAUACGGCUCAUGCCAGGAAGGAGGAAAAGGAGGUGUCCGAAGAGAAUGUGAGCUCUGGUGAUUCGGAAGAAAGCACAAAUUCUGAUCAUGAGGCAGAACAAUUGAGUAGCAUCUCAGGAGAGCCGUGCUUAGUAACCAAGACUCACAGACAAUUAUGUAGGUCUCCCUGCUUAGAGCCUCACCUACUCAAAUGUAAUGAAAUUUUGCAAGACAUUAAACCUGAAGAGUCCCAGAUGCCGUCAAAGGAAGUCAAGAAACCCCCUGACGUGGUGCGAGAAUACCAAACAAAACUGGAGUUUGCACUGAAGUUAGGUUAUUCGGAAGAACAAGUUCAGCUUGUGUUAAACAAACUUGGUACCGAUGCUUUAAUCAAUGAUAUUUUGGGAGAACUUGUCAAACUUGGAAAUAAAACUGAAGCUGAUCAAACAGUUAAUACCAUUAGCAGUAUAAUGCGGGAAGCAUCUUCUCUGGAAUCUCAGAGAUCUGAAUCUCCAAUGCAAGAGAUCAUGACCGAUGAUGGUGAAAAUCUGAGACCAGUAGUCAUUGACGGCAGCAAUGUGGCCAUGAGCCAUGGAAAUAAGGAAGUAUUUUCCUGCCGGGGAAUAAAACUGGCCGUGGAUUGGUUCUUGGAAAGAGGCCACAAAGACGUUACGGUUUUCGUUCCUGCUUGGAGAAAGGAGCAGUCCCGACCCGAUGCGCUCAUUACAGAUCAAGAGAUCUUACGCAAGUUGGAGAAGGAGAAAAUCCUCGUGUUCACACCAUCCCGGAGAGUCCAAGGGAGGCGAGUGGUGUGUUACGACGACAGGUUCAUUGUGAAGCUGGCUUUUGAGUCAGAUGGUAUAAUUGUAUCCAAUGAUAACUACAGGGACUUGGCAAAUGAGAAACCCGAGUGGAAGAAGUUCAUAGAUGAGCGAUUAUUAAUGUAUUCAUUUGUCAAUGACAAGUUCAUGCCCCCUGACGACCCUCUUGGCAGACACGGCCCGAGUCUGGAUAAUUUCCUAAGGAAGAAACCUAUUGUUCCUGAACACAAAAAGCAGCCUUGUCCAUAUGGAAAGAAGUGUACCUAUGGACACAAGUGCAAAUACUACCAUCCCGAGAGGGGCAGUCAGCCUCAGCGGUCCGUGGCUGAUGAGCUUCGUGCCAUGUCGAGAAAUACAGCAGCCAAAACUGCAAACGAAGGAGGACUGGUGAAAAGCAACAGUGUUCCUUGUAGCACUAAGGCUGAUAGCACUUCUGACGGCAAACGAGGCGCUCCAAAGAGGCAGUCAGAUCCGAGCAUAAGGACUCAGGUCUACCAAGACCUAGAGGAAAAGCUUCCCACCAAAAACAAGUUGGAAACCAGGUCUGUACCUUCCUUGGUUAGCAUACCGGCCACUUCUACUGCAAAACCCCAAAGCACUACAUCUCUAAGCAACGGCCUUCCGUCUGGAGCUCACUUCCCCCCUCAGGAUCAAAGGCCGCAGGCACAAUACCCUCCCAUGAUGAUGGCAGCCAAAAACCAUGGAACGCCAAUGCCUUACGAACAGUAUCCAAAAUGUGACUCACCUGUUGACAUUGGAUAUUAUUCCAUGCUGAAUGCGUAUUCAAAUCUGAGUAUCUCAGGCCCACGAAGUCCUGAAAGGCGUUUCUCCCUGGACACAGACUAUAGAAUAAAUUCUGUAGCUUCUGAUUGCAGCAGUGAAGGGAGCCUGAGCUGCGGGAGUAGCGACUCCUACGUAGGUUACAACGACCGCUCCUAUGUCAGUUCCCCCGACCCACAGCUGGACGAGAAUUUGAAGUGUCAACACAUGCACCCUCACAGCCGCCUUAACUCCCAGGCUUUCCUGCAGAGCUUCCACGACCCCUUGACCAGAGUGCAAAGUUACAGUCACGAAGAACCAAAGUUCCAUCACAAGCCUCCUCUUCCACACUUGGCUAUGCAUCUGCAGCACCCUGCUGUGGGUGCCCGGUCCAGUUGUCCUGGCGAUUACCCCUCGCCCCCGAGUUCCGCACACUCCAAGGCACCACACCUAGGGAGGUCCUUAAUGGCCACCAGAAUAGACAGCAUUUCUGAUUCUCGACUCUAUGACAGUUCUCCUUCAAGACAAAGAAAGCCUUACUCCCGCCACGAAGGGCUGGGAAGCUGGGAUAGGCCAAGUUACGGGCUGGAUGCCUGUGGGUAUCGGCAGACUUACUCCUUGCCUGAUAACGCCACGCCCCCGUGUUAUGAGCAGUUUACCUUCCAGAGCCUGCCUGAACAGCAGGAGCCCGCCUGGCGAAUCCCGUACUGCGGAAUGCCGCAAGAUCCGCCAAGGUACCAGGACAACCGAGAGAAAAUUUACAUCAACUUGUGUAACAUCUUCCCACCUGACCUCGUGAGGAUUGUCAUGAAGAGGAAUCCCCACAUGACAGAUGCCCAGCAGCUCGCCGCAGCCAUUUUGGUGGAGAAAUCACAGCUGGGUUAUUGAAAGAUGAUGCAUCUUUGUGGUGUUUAAUAGUUUUUUUGUUCAGCGGAAAUGCUGAGGGAGGUUUGCUACAAUAGCACAUGUGAUCUCCUUCUCGGCAAGGAGGUCAUAUAGUAUCCAUUUAUGUGAAAUACUGUAUCAUGGAAUCUGUAUGUACAGCCCCACAUGGUGGAAGUAUCACGGGAUUGCUUUACAUUCAAACUUUUUUUUAACAUUUCCUUUUUAAAGCUCUAUCCUUGGCUGGAAAUUUAUCCAGUUUGAUUUAAUAGAUGUGUCUGUGACCUUUGAUAUUAAUCUUUGGUGCAUCAGGGGUUUAUAUGCAGCACUUUUUAUCCUUGUUUCCUGUUUUAUUAACCUGGUGUUUGUCUAUCAACUGCAAGCAAUUACAGUACCUUCAGAAUGUGGAACCUUUGACGAGACCCAGCAGAAUAUUUUUUCAAGCCAAGCUUAAUUCGAAUCUUUUACAGCUUUUUAAGUUAUUUUUAUUUGGGGAAAGUGGGCUUCUUUGUCCUAUAAUCAGUAUUUAUAGAAACAAAGAUAUACUACAGCACUGACUUUAUAUUUAAACAAAAUCUAAGUUACCAAUUUAUGCUGAAAUGGGUAACAUAUAUGUUAGAAUGAUUUACAAUAUGGCACUUUUAUUGUUUUAUUUUUGUUCGGAUUUUUUUUCCUGAUGAGAAAUCAGUUAAUUUAAUGGUCAGUUUAUAAGAAAGCAGAUGCAAUCAAUGGAAAAAACUGUUUCCAUUUUUUUUAAAUGAGCAAAGCAAAAGCCGUAGCUGGUACAGUUAGCGCUUUCUUAUCCAGCUAUGGUGUGCUUCUAUGGAAAUGGGAUCGAAUUCCUAGAUUCCCAUGAAUCUGUAUUUUUAAUGUUUGUUUUUUGUUUGGGGGCACAACAAUACUGGAUAAAUAACCCUUUCUCAGUACUUGCCUGUUUUUAAUGAAUCUAAUUAUUCUCAAUGCAAUUUUAUAUUUAAUAUACUCUAGCUUUCCUGCUAUUUAUCAAGGCUGGCCUGAGAUGGUUUUAUGUGUUGAGGAGAUGCAAGAUUUAUUGAUACUGCACUAUAGAAAUAGUGAUGGAGGAGUUGUAAAUGGUAACUUAAAAUUUUUGUAAGAUAGUGUAUAUUUUCCAUUUUCCUGAAGGUGGUUUUUUUGGAGGGCCUGUUAUAUUAUUAAGGCCAGACUCUUGCCACAAAUAGUGUAGUUUUUAGAUACAGACUACUGUCUGUUCUAGUAUUAGUAAGGGAUAUUUCUGGUUUCAAACUCAGGGGUUUUGCUGAUUGCAGUUACAUUUCUGCAGAUUAGAAGAUGGAUUUUGCAGUUAGUAGCAGACACUUGUAUGUUGAGAAUUCGACUGUCCCUUCAGACUCUGAAUUUUGCCUAGUGUCCUACGCACAUUCAGAUCUGUUUUUGUAGUCUGCUUGGACGUUGCAGUCGUUUAGGUUAUUCCACACGCUACAGUCUGAAGUAAAGCCCUGAAAAACCAGAAAGUACCUUUCACUGUUGAUACAAAUUGUAUCUUUUUAACUAUAAGAACUAUUUUGAUUUGUAGAUCUAGUUAAAAACACAAAUGUGUAACUAUGAUUAGACUUUUGGGCAACAUUUUAUCCCUUAUUUAAAUACAAAUUUUUAAAAGAAAUUUGAGGUCUAUAAUAGAGUAGAAAAUAAAAGUAACAAUUUAGGUAAAUAAAGGUGUCUGUCUUAGUUUUAUAUAAUAUAUUAAAAUAUAUUCAAUUUAUUGGCAUUUUCUUUCUUCUAAAACUUACCUAGUGUGAACUUUACUAAAAUAAAGGUAAAAUGCUGCCUGAAAAAUAAUGUCCAAGCAUCUUUGACUAGGAUAACAUUUUCACUACUUGUGUGACACUGUGUGUUGCAUGGAGUAGGAUUUGGGUAUACAGUAAAUGCUUCUAAAAGGCAUUGUGCAUAUUGACAUAUCCAAUAAUCUGAACCGUGUUCAGCAAACCUAAUUCAGGAAAGUGAUGUUCUACACAAUUAUUGCUGUCGUGCUUGCAGGGAGUGUGGCACGCAUCUGUACCCCAAGAGAACACGGGUGACGCCACACAAACCAUGCUGGACGGGGUCUGUCCCAGAGUGACCCUGCUUGUGAAAUUGUUCUCGAUUUUUGUCGUUCAUGAUCUGUAGAAUGAGCUUAAAUGUACAGGUGAAGUGAGUACCAAAAAAUAGGGUUACCAGUGUGUAUUACCUUUAAUUUUAGUCAUAUUUUAAGAUAUUGUAGUGUGAAAUCACUUCUAAAUUAUACAUGUAGUUUUGCCUCCAUUUUCUUCAAUGUAGCAUUUUAAUUACUUUAAGAUCGCUAAACUUUACUAAGUGGUUUUAAAUAAGACCUUCGGUUAAAUGGCUGUGACUUUAAAUUUGACCUUCCAAUAUAUUUAGUUGACUGUUUAUCAUUAUUUUUUGGAUAAAUAGCAUCCACUGCCAUCACAUGUACUGAAGUGAAUAGCUCUGAACUACCCACAGCAUAAGUGUUCAGUUUAAUUAGUUGUACGUUAAGAAGGAGCAGUUUUUUAUGUCAAGAGGACAAUUUCCCUGCCCCCCUUUUUUUUGGAAGCACCAACAUUGCUUUCAGAGCUUAUGACUGAGAAAAUAAGCUGACUUAGGUACAGCAAAUUCUUGUUAUUUACAGCAAUAAGUAGAAGGAGUCCUUUACUUAAUUAGAUCCAUAGCUGACUGCAGACCUUCAUUUUAGCCAGAACCUUCUUUCUAGCCCCUAAUCCCUGUUUACCAGACCCGCUAGUACAUAACCAGGAUGAGGUGUGUUAAUAAGUGGUGAAGUUGCCAGAAGCGGUCAGCUGGUGGAAGACAAAGGACUCAGACUGGAAUAUUCUGCCCCUGAAUAAUCAAUAGUUGACGGUACUUCGGACAGUAACUAGCCAGUCCGCUGCCUCUGUGUCUCGGUCCAGAGGGAAUAGCACCCGACUGGCCGAACACUGGCCGUAGCGUUUCCUCAUUUCUUACAUGUGAUGCAGAUAUUUUCAGUCUCAACUUUAUGAUCUCUAUCCUGAUAGAGUUUGUCACUGACCUACUAAUUAAAAGAAACGCUCACCAGUAUGAAAUAUUUGAUUCUGGUGGAAACCUAGACUUUGUGUUUUUAUGAAAACAGAUUUGUUACCAAGUCUGUGGUCUGAAUAAGCAAGAGUAAGAUUUAGAACCACUUUAAUGGAAAGUAAUUCUUCACUGGUUUUAUUCCUUGUAUUUUUAAAAACUUAUUUUGAUAAUUUUAGUAGAAUGUGUAAUUUUAAAAUACACACAAAAACUUUAACGUAGUAUGGAUUAUACAAAUAAUUAUUUAACAUGUCUUUUAUGGAUGUAUCUAUAUGUAAAUAGUAAUAUAUUUAUAAAACAAAUAUCCUUUAUGUUGUAGUCUCUGCUACAAGGGCGGAUGCCUGGGUGGGUGGCUGGGUGGGUGUGGCUGUGUAUGUUUGUGUGUUUAUGUUUUGAAAACUUGCAAGCUGUUUUUCCCAAUUUAAUACUGUAAAGUAUAUUUGGUUUUGUUGUUCUUUCUGCUUUCCAAUUUCCUUACUCAAGAUAAAAUAAGAUAAAUACAGUUUUCUGGCCAUUCCGUUGCUGUGUGGCUAACCCAUUUAAUUAUUCUCUUAAUUCCUGGAGAAUUCCUGCUUGACCCAGAAUCAAACAUACUAUGACUAGGGAUAAUGUGUAUGUUCCAAGUGUACUGAAGAUGAAAACUUAGCUGGGUUGCUAAGUUUCCAAAAUACAUACCAAUAAAUAAAAUGAAAUAUAGAAGAAGUUGGAAUAUACACACAGAUUAAGAGAAAGCAGAGUGUUAACAAAAAGUAAAGAAGCUUAAAGUACUUUUAUUGGUCUAGGAAAACCACCUAGAGCUAGCGUUGACCAACUUUCUGUAUCUUCACAUAGUAAAGAAUUAGCUUUUUAGAAUCGAAAUGAUCUCUUAAGAACUGCUCAUAUUUGGCCUAUGGACCAUUCCUGAUCUCUGCCGCAGAGGAGAAAAACGGGCACAUUAAACAGUAAAUUCUGUUACUGCAUAUGUUAAUGUAAGAAAUAAUUGUAUUUCAACUGACAAAAGAAAAUCUGGUAGUUAUUAAUAGUCUUCAAAAGUUGAUUGUGAGACAGUCAUAUGAUGCACUUGUGUUUUAAAACUGGUCACACCUCUUAUUUAUUAGAAAUAUUUCUUGUGUUUAAUCAGCCACAAAAAUCUGUAGAAAAGAUACUUUAAAAGUGUUAACAUUUAUUAAUGAAUUUGGGGUUUCUGUUAAUAAAUGGGACUCCUUUACCAGUUUUAAUUUUUUUAAUGGCCCUCAUGGACCAUUGUUGUAUUUUGAAAGUUAACAUAUAACUAGCCACAAUUUUUUUGUAAAGAUUCCAUUUAUCAAUUACCUUUUUCUGUUAUCUUUCGCACUGAAUAAAUGACACAUCUGCCCCUUUCAAGAA